AUGGCCGGAUCCGACCUCCCGUACACCGGCUCCGUCGGCGGCGGCAUCUCUCCCCCGCCGCGGACCCCGCCGUCGGCGUCGAGGAAGCGCAGGCGCGGCGACAACGACGACGGGGCGCCGCCCUCGCUGCCGAGCCGCGAGACCCGGGCCUCGGUCGCGGCGCGGGAGGCCGCGGUCGGCGCGGUGCGGACGGCGCGGCGCGUGGCCGCGGGGGCGGUGUGGGCGGCCAAGGCGGGGCGGGGCCACGGGCGCGGCCUCGGCAACGUGGGGCGGAUGCGGGAGGUGCUCCUCACGGUGCGCGGCGCGCGCUGCGCCCGCGUCCCGAACGACGACGACGACGACGACUACCCGUACCCGCAGGAAAGCAGGAGUCCGGAGAGGCUAAAUUGUAAGAUCAGCUACUUAUCUAAUUAUCCGCUGAAACAUGUUAGAACAGACCCUGUCGAGCAUCAAGCUUCUGUCCCUGAGUGGAAAAAUGCUCCAUCUGUGGAAUAUACUGAUGAUUACAAAGCUGCAACCUUACCAAAACUGGGCACAGUUGUCUAUCCACUAAACAUGGAUAUCUCAGCAACUGACAAGUCAGAGAAGAAGAGGAAAAGAUUGGUAGACAAGUGUAAGUGUUCUUGUCCUGGAUCUGAGGACUGUGUACGAUUUCACGUAAAGAAGGCAAGGAGCUGGAUCAAGGAUCAGUUGGGUGAGGAAGCUUUCAAAAACUGUGGGCUAGACGCAAUGGGUGAGCAAGUUGGAGAGCAAUGGACCACAGUUUUCAAAAGGAAACUUGAAAAAGUUGACAAGUUGAUUCCUCAGAAUAAACAUCAGAAAUUCAUGGAGAUUGCCUUGAAGGAGCUCGGACAGAAGGAAACAAAGGAUUUGGCGAAGUAUUACUACAAUGUUUUUCUUCCCAGGAGAUUGGCAAGCUUGACCAGGGCAGAGCAUAAAAAGGACGAAGCUGUCGAUACGAGUGAUGAAAAGAGUGAUCAAGAGGAUGGCGAGAAUGAACGUCAUCCUCGAAAGAAAAGUAAAAAAAGCUAUGGAUCUUCUUCCACAAGGUGCAAGAAGUAGAAGAGUCAGAGGAAUUCGACGAGUGGGCCAACAGUUACGUUGCAGUGGAAGAAGAAUUAACAGUUUUGUUGCAGUGGAAGAGGAAUUAACAGUUUUGUUGUAGUAGAAGAAGAAUUAGGAAACUUGAGAAAGCGGGUUUACAUGAUAAGAGUUUGCAGUGGAGUCAAGACUGAUAUCCGGACCCAUGCAGUCGCAGAUCUCCAGCGGUCGUAUAAGUACAAGAUUCUUACCUUAGUUACCGGUGACGGGCACCCUAAGCAGGUCUCACCGCCACCACGACAUUUGACGUAAACAUGUGUUCAUGAGUUCGUUUCAUUUUUUAUUUGUUGUUGCUGUAAUGUGCAUGGCCCAAAAGAGAGAAGGCAAGUGAUAUAUGGAGAGUGGGCAUAUAGAGCCUGUCCAGAAAUGCAUUUAGGUAUUCUUUUGGUGUAUCCUCAAACUUAAAUCUGCAGAUGUAAGUUGUUCUGUUGGUCUUAUAAUUACAGAUUUUUGGGGAAUGUCGCAUACA